CACGCAGUUGACCUAUUUACAGAAGCGAAAACGGUGUUCUUUGUUAUGUAUACGCCGCAUACGGCGUUUGUUGAUUGUUGUGUUAGAACAUUAAUGUUAGAUGGGAUAUCAAGGGCACAUGAGUAAAUGAGACACCAUUUCAUAUGCCCAAAUACUGCCGAGUACAUAAAGAAACUGAUAAUUACACUCUACCAAGGAAAGUUCACGAUGUGUAUUUGUUUCACCUAACGUAGCUGACUGAAUUCGUUGUUCUUCGACCUGUGGACAAUAAUUUUGAUUGCCUUUCGUCGUCAACUUGGAUUCUUCACUCUAUUUUUAAAAAAAUAAAAUACGAGUUUUAGCUGCAGCGUUUAUUAUGUCCAGCAGUUCUCCAGCUCCUCAGCCAGGCCCCUCGGGAAAUCGAGGAACGUCUGUUGCCAGUUCGAGUCAAAAUCGUGCGAGACCAAGCACACCUUCGCUUGAAAAAGAUACGAAAACCCCACCAAAAAUGACGAAAAACUUGAGUACUAGUGCUAGAAGACUUCAGAGAGAACUCGCAGAGAUAACCUUAGAACCACCACCAAACUGCAGUGCUGGUCCUAAAGGUGACAACUUGUAUGAAUGGGUGUCAACAAUACUUGGUCCAAAAGGUUCAGUGUAUGAAGGAGGUGUCUUCUUCUUGGACAUACAUUUUUCACCAGAUUACCCAUUUAAACCUCCUAAGGUUGUGUUCCGAACACGUAUUUAUCACUGCAACAUUAACAGUCAGGGUGUGAUUUGCCUGGAUAUUUUGAAAGACAAUUGGAGUCCAGCACUGACCAUAUCCAAAGUGCUGCUGUCCGUCUGUUCUCUGCUGACUGACUGCAACCCUCAUGAUCCUCUUGUGGGCAGCAUUGCUCAGCAGUAUACUAGCAACAGGGAGGAGCAUGAUCGCAUCGCUAGACAGUGGACCAAGAGAUAUGCCACAUAAGAUGGCGUAAUUAAGAUAUUUAACAUUAUUGGAGUGAGUUUGCAUGUAUGCAUGUGUUUGUGAUUGAGGGUGUGAUAAGAUGAUAUUCUGCACCUCUUUGAGAACAUUUUCUGUCUUGAAGCAUUUCAAAGCAAAAGUUUCUGAUUUGUUUAGUUUCUGUGCAAUCACAGUUUGUGCAGUGACAACUGAUCUAGCAUUUAAAAAAAAAUAGAUUUCUUAAAGAAUGCACUUAUCUUAGUGUAAUUUCGGUACUGUUUAUUACGUGAAAAGAAAGCAGUCGAGAUGUCUUGUUUGUUACCUAUAACAGUUAUCAGAAACGUGAUCCCAGCAAUUGACCACUUCUCAUGCAUGCACACUCGUGUUCUUAACUGCCUAAUCUUUGUGAUAGCACAGGAAGGAUACUGUCUGCUUCACCUACAAACCCACUACCCACCCUCCAGGUGUUUUAUAUGUUUGCUUCUGUUUGUACGAUGGGAUUUUCACAUUGACAGAGGUUUACCAGAAUCUUAACAAUUUUGUUUCAAGUUUGAAAUAAGUGUUAAAAACCUUUUUUUUUAAUAUACUAGUUUUAAAAUAUUUUAAAGAAAGCAUCUUAAUUUUAGAAGUUGCUUAGCUGCCAGUAGUGGCCACAAAAUCAAAUGGGAAAUAACAUUAUUCAUUAUUAAAACUUCUAAAUAGGUGAAAUGGUUUUAAAAGAGCUUUCUUUAGUUUAUGAAGGUUCAGAUAUAAACCUAAAAGAAAUUGUAGAAAUUUUGCCUUUAAGUGAUUGUUAACUCAAAGUGAUGGUAUGUGUGUAAGAAGAGAGAUGUACCAUGCAAAUGUGUGUACCACAGUCAUAGAUAGGUAUUUGUGCAUUGCCGAGGCUGGAAGUAGGUGUGAAUUUAUUCUCAGAAGUGCCUAAAUGUUUGCAAGAGGAAGAAUGCUUGUCUUUCAAGGGUCAUACUAAGAAAGGGCGACCCAAAGUGACAAUUCAUAUGAUGAAAGACUGACAAAGAAAACAGCUGUUGUGAAUUUAUUUGAGAAUUUUUUCAUUUUACAGGUUAAUGUGUGAACACAGUUAUGAAUGUUUUUUAGUUACACUAUGGUGGAUAGCUUUUUUUCAAAAUGUUGAAGAAAAUUCCAGUGCAGGGUAUGAGUGCUUUUUUUUUUCUUUUCUGGGUGUGUGAAAUAGUUGACAGGUGAUCAACUACUGCAGCCUACUUUGUGAUCCCUGCAUAAAUUUGAAUCUUUGUCUUCAUUGCAAAUUACUUAGUUACUUUAAAAAGGCAGAGUGAUAGCCUUUGAGUACAUUUUUUACUUUUCUCAUUGCUUAUUCAGAUAUUUCAAGAGUCUGUCCUUUUUUGUACUGGAAAAGAAGACUGUCAUGUCAUAAGGAAGUAUUAUAAAUUUAAUUUUUCCAUUUCUUUAACUAAGUGAUCUGUCAGAAUGUUCUAGUACAUCUAUUGAAGCCACUGUAAGGUGUACACUUGUUUCAUUUAAAAGUAUUUGUAAAUAAUGACAAGAAAAUAUCAUUUAACAUUUUUUACAUUAUUUGUAAACAUCCGAAAGCUGAGACCCCCCCCACCACUUUGCUGAAGUUGAUAGAAAAACUUUUGCAUAAUUUCUCAGUUUUAUUUAUUUGGUGUUGUAGUUUUUUUGAAAGACAAAAAUUAGAGCUAUUGCUGGCAGUAUUUAUAAGAUGAAGUGUAAUGUGGAAGGGAACAUCUCAGUUUGUUUCUUAGCAUUCCUUUAAUAUCUUACCAUGUGAUACAGCAGUAUGGGAAUUUUGCAUGACUAAUGUAAAACCUACCUCAGUCCAAAUUUCUGUUGUCCACAAGUGUUCUUUGCAUAGAGAAAGGAAAGAGUAUUCCAUGCUGUAAUUAGUUUGGACUAUACCUGUCACUAUUGCCCAUUGUGUCAAUUUUGUCAGCUGUCAUUUGAACUUAAUAUCGCAUACAAGUCAGCAUAAGUGACAUAGUCAAAGUUUAUGGUAUAAGCACACGAUAUAUUCAGUUUAUAAUUUUUUUUUUUUAUGAUGGCAGUAAUUUUCUCAUUCAUGUUCUUAUUUGAUUUGGAUCUCAGUGCUGUUAAUUUCAGUUACUCUGUUGCUUGUAGAUCUUCCAGUCUUUUUAAGUAAUGCUGAAUGGCCCCACCAUCUUUUGAGAUUUACAGAACACGUUUUUUUAACACCAUAUCCAGGGCUUCUGCUAAGGAUAAAUUCUUUGGGGUCCCAGGGACCCCUUCUUCAGAUUUUUAAGGGGUCCCUAUUCUUCGCCCAAAUUUGAAGGGGACCCCAUUGACGAAAAUUGAAGGGGUCCUCCGAACUUUUAAUGCGUACUGUACGCAAUUUUUUUUGCGUAAGCAGAAGCCCUGCCAUAUCCAUUAACACCUUAGACCUAGAAAUAACCAUAACUGAAUAUGACCUAAACUCUGCCUGUAGCAUCCUUUGGUUAAAAAGUAAAUCAAUAAAGAAAAGAUAGUUGAAAAACUGAAUAUUGAUACCAUUGUCAGCAAGAAUUUUGUAAAUCUGUAUUACUAUAUUCUGAUUGAAUUGGCAACCAAAAACUUUGUAACUUAAAUUAGUUUUCCGGUUCGUAUACUUUUGUGCAGAAAUGUAACUGCUAUUCUGUUACAGUUCUUAACAGAUCUCUUAGAUUUUUUAUGUGAAUUCAAUAGGAUUUUGGUUGUGUAUCAAUUUUUUUUAAUGGUUCUGUCAGAAUCCUUUUAUAGUGUAGUAUUGACUACACUGACAGUAAUAUCCAUGAUAAACAUGACCGCCUUUACUUUGGAAUAUCAAUCUACAGGCUGGUGUUCUUAAAUUGUUUCAGUGGGCCAGUUUAAAAUUUUUUUGUUUCCAAGAGGAACAUUGAAAUGGUGUGGCAGAAGACUUUGAAAACAGGAUUUCAUGUAGCUUAUGGAUAAGAAGAGUAAAGAACUUCCAUAUCAUUUGACAAAGGGCUUAAGCUUUAAUUUUGCUUCUCUUUCUGCCAGUCAGCCAAAAAUCCAAAUAACUAAUUAGACAACUACUUUCAUUAAUAAGGCCUCAUUCUAAAACUAAUUGAAAACUGGAACUUUUUCAUUUUGACGAUAGUUAUGCACCUAUUCUUUUGAGCAAAUGUUCAUGUGAUGUAACUGCUAAUUGUCCACAUCUUUGAUGCUGCCAUUUAGAUAUCAUUUUAUGUAUUGUAACUUUGUUAACAUUCAUUUUGUGUGAUUAAAAGUGUAUGCUUUUCACUAUAA